UAAAGUGGCUGAUGCAGUGGGGGGAACAAAGCAGAUAUAUAACAGUGUGGAGACAAAGUGGAGUCACAGAGGAGACUAAAGGAGGAUAAUCUGUCCAGAGGAUGAAGUGUGUUACUGUUGUUGUUUUUCUGACUCUCCUUUCACUGGGACUUUCUGCCCCUCUGAGUGACUGUGAGAGUCUGGUAAAACCAAUACCAAUCAGCAAUGAAUAUAUGUUGGGGAAGUGGCAUUACAUCGGUGGGAGCUCUGACCUCCCAGGAAGCCGAUCGCUGGGCCACAUGCUGAGCAGCGUCUGGAUCGAUAUCACCGCAACAAGUCACAGCAACAUCCUCAACCUCGUCCAAACGCAGAGACUAUAUGGUCAGUGUUCAAGCUUAAUAUAUAAUGUGACUUUUGAAAACAGCACAAUGUUAAUUGAACAACCAUUUUACCUUAAGGAAGUAUACCUGAUGACAGACUGCUCCGACUGUUUGGUUGCCUACGAAGAAGUCAUCUCCGGCAAAGACACUUUCACCAGUUUUAUGCUUUUUAGUAAGAGAAAGAGUGUCUCAGAUCCUGCUCUAGAGAUGUUCAAAAGACAAGCCGAAUGUCUGGAGAUGCCAUCACCUAUAAUACAUGACACAAACAAUGAAAUAUGUCCAGACAACAUCACCCCUUCAGAGGGACUCAGUGCCCUUAACUCUUUAUUGGAGGCCAAGAUGGGACAUCGAGUUGCAAGACUUCUUGAUACUCUCUUUGACAUGUUUGUGAACUGAUUUAUAAUUCAUUUUGAUUAGAUUUUUCUUGUGAUGAA